AUGUCAACCGAUUUUCAUGCGCAGUUUUUUGCCGAUUUUUCCAAACUUUUGGAAAGCAGCAAAGACUACGAUCUUGUUCUCUAUGCCGGAGAGGGACCGGCUCGAAAACAAUUUAAUGUACAUAAAUUGAUACUAUCUAUUCGGUCGGAUUAUUUUCAAGCAGCGUUAUCUAGUAAUUGGUUAAAAAAACAAGGAGACUACUAUGUUUUCGAAAAAGCAAACAUUGAAGGCGACGUGUUUGAGAUUCUUUUGAGGUAUUUUUACACUGGAAAAGUUAAUGUGAAUGCUGUUCGUGAAGAAAAGCUUCUCGAGUUGCUAUAUGCAUGUGAUGAAUUAGGACUCACUGAAUUGCUUCCGUUUAUACAAGACCACUUUAUUACAAAAAAGUCAAAAUAUAUAUGCGACAACGCUGGCUAUGUUUAUAAAUCGAUAUUUAGAUUUACUUCCUGCGAACAACUCAAAGAUGUUUGUCUUAGAGCAAUAAUUCUCGAUCCAACCAAACUGUUUUUCUCCAGCGCUUACCUGGAACUCGAUGUCGCUACAAUAGUUCCGAUUUUAAAGAAAAAAUUAUCGAUCAAGGAAGUAGAGUUAUGGAAACAUAUUAUUUGCUGGGGGCGUGCCCAACAUCGAAAUCUGAAUAGAGACCAUUCCAAAUGGUCUGAAGAAGAUAUUAAAUUAAUGGCAGAAAGUGUGAAACCGUUGAUUGAACAUGUCAACUUUCUUUCAAUGACAUCGAAAGAAUAUUAUGAUGAGGUCAGACCAUACCGGAAAAUAUUACCCAAAGAGCUGAGAGAUCAAAUUAAAAAGUGCAUUAUGGUACCAGCACGGCUUGAAAAAUCCCUAUUGACACAAAAGAGAACUAAAAUAUUCGAGUCACAACUAAUUGAUUUAUCAGUUGUUCCAGCCAUAGCUUCGUGGAUUGAUGAUCGAGAUGAACACUACACAUUGGUGAAUCUUCCCUAUGCUUUCAAACUCAUUUACAGAGGAAAAAAAGCUGGAUUCAAAGAUUACAAAUUUUUUUCAGCUUGUAGUGAAAAAUCUUCAACAGUUAUUAUAGGGAAAGUUAAGGGUUUCCCAUGCGUCUUUGGUGCUUACAAUUUUUAUAGUUGGAAGACUAGUCCACCCAAAGUAUCAGCAAAGAGCUUUAUCUUUGAAUUGCCCAAUGGAAACUCAGCCAGAGGAGCGUCUGUGGGGAGACGCAAAAGUCAUAGGAACAUGUACUAUUAUAGGUCACCAGCUGGCAUAAGUUUAUGUCCAGCCUUUACCAUCAAUGGCCAGAUGUGGAAUUCGACGUAUGAAAAUUGCCAAUAUGAUUUGAGGUUUCGUGUCAAGUCUGGACUUAUCGAAGAUUUUGAAGUGUUUGAAGUGAUAAAAUUAGAUCCAUCAAUUUUUCGGUAG